CCCUCUUUGUGUCCCCAGAUGUGGCCCCUGCAGAGCAGGAGAAGCUCUUCAUCCAGAAGCUAAGACAGUGCUGCGUUCUCUUCGACUUCCUGUCCGACCCGCUGAGCGACCUAAAAUGGAAGGAAGUGAAGCGGGCGGCGCUGAGCGAAAUGGUGGAGUACAUCACCCACAACAGGAAUGUCAUCACAGAGCCCAUCUACCCGGAGGUGGUGCACAUGUUUGCGGUGAAUAUGUUCAGAACAUUGCCUCCUUCGUCAAACCCUACUGGCGCCGAGUUUGAUCCAGAGGAAGACGAGCCAACACUUGAAGCUGCAUGGCCACACCUCCAGCUUGUCUAUGAAUUUUUCCUUAGAUUUUUAGAAUCACCCGACUUUCAGCCUAACAUAGCGAAGAAAUACAUCGACCAGAAAUUUGUUAUGCAGCUCCUAGAACUUUUUGACAGCGAGGAUCCACGAGAGAGAGACUUCCUCAAAACUACCCUUCACAGGAUCUACGGAAAGUUCCUGGGGCUGAGAGCGUACAUCAGAAAACAGAUCAAUAACAUUUUCUAUAGGUUUAUCUAUGAGACAGAGCACCACAACGGUAUAGCUGAACUACUGGAAAUACUUGGAAGCAUAAUCAAUGGAUUUGCCUUACCACUAAAAGAAGAGCACAAGAUUUUCCUGUUAAAGGUUUUAUUGCCUCUGCACAAAGUCAAAUCACUCAGUGUCUACCAUCCACAGCUGGCCUACUGCGUGGUGCAGUUUUUAGAAAAGGACAGCACUCUAACUGAGCCGGUGGUAAUGGCUCUACUAAAGUACUGGCCAAAGACUCACAGUCCCAAGGAGGUGAUGUUCCUCAAUGAGUUGGAGGAGAUCCUGGACGUCAUCGAGCCCUCUGAGUUCGUUAAAGUGCAGGAGCCUCUCUUCAGACAGCUGGCCAAGUGUGUGUCCAGCCCGCACUUCCAGGUGGCGGAGAGAGCUCUCUACUACUGGAACAACGAGUACAUCAUGAGUCUGAUCAGCGACAACGCAGCAAAGAUUCUGCCGAUUAUGUUCCCCGCUCUAUACCGCAACUCUAAGACCCAUUGGAACAAGACUAUCCACGGCCUCAUCUACAAUGCUCUGAAGCUUUUCAUGGAGAUGAAUCAGAAGCUCUUUGAUGAUUGCACACAGCAGUUCAGGGCUGAGAAAAACAAAGAGAAGGCAAAGUCAAAAGAACGCGAAGAGGCUUGGAUCAAAAUCGAGAACCUUGCGAAGUCAAAUCCACAGUUCUCUAUGUAUGUUGAUUCCUCUGACCUCAAUAGUCCUGUAGCAAUGGAGACGGAUAUCCCUUUGAUAGAAGAUGUUCAGAGGUUAAAAAAGACAGUUGAGGAGGGCGCGACUCAGGUAAACCUGACUUUCUCUCUGUCUAUUAAUCUUACAAUCACUCUAUAUAUGAAUAGAUUUGUGUGUUAUCAAACAUGCAAAGUUUUCUAAUUGAAGCUACUUGCA